AUGCCAGUCUGCCAUUGGGAGGCAUACAGUAUUACCCUUAUACAGCGUGAAAGGAUGUCUGGCAUGAUCACCCUGGCUGCCAGAGAUGCCGCGUCCGAUGCUGCUCACGCGGCCUACAAGGCAACGGUUGAGUUAUGGACGCUCUACUCGUUUGGAGUUGCUGUGACCCUGCUCCGGACAUAUGCUCGAGUAAGAGCUGUGGGCUGGAGGAAUCUGGGAGCCGAUGACUAUCUCAUUUGGGUCGCAAUUAUCUUUUAUACCGCGCAAACAUCACUCGCGUACAGUGUGGGCAAAUUUGCCCAUGGCCUUGCAAACAACAGCAUGACAGAUGCCCAGCGGGCCGCACUGUCGCCUUCGAAUCCCGAAUAUGUCGCCAGAGUGAUUGGAUCUAAAAUCCAGGUUGCAGGAUGGACAACCUACAUGUUGCUGAUUGGUUUUCUCAAACUGUCCGUGCUUGCAUUCUAUGUCCGACUUACGGAUGGCUUGAGCCGAAAGUACCGUAUCCCCGUCUUUGUUGGAUUCGCCCUUGUCAUUGGAAGUAUGGUUGCUAGUGUCUUGACAAUUUUCACGGCAUGCAGGCCAUUCAACCACUACUGGCAGAUUAACCCAGCGCCAGAAAACGUCUGCCAACCUGCCAUCUCUAUGCCCAUCAUCUGGGUGACAUUCGCCGCGAAUCUUGCGACAGACCCAUUCCUCAUCUUUGUGCCUAUUCCGAUGCUCUGGAAAUCCAGCUUGAAGACUUUGAAGAAGGUAGCAGUGACCAUCGUCCUCAGUGCCGGCGUGUUCGUGCUCGUCUGCGCGACCAUCAAGAGCGUUUUCCUCAUCGUGUCACCCGUAAGCGGAGCACAGAUCGCGGAGGAAUGGGGAACCCGGGAAACCUUCGUCGCCGUGAUCACCACCAACCUCCCCAUGAUAUUCAAACUCUUCAAAACCUGGCUAGGCGUCCUAUUUGGAAGCGCCUUCCAAACGUCGCAAAAAACAUACAAAACUCCCUCUGGUGGUUUCCGCAGCAUUGGUGGUGGAGACUAUCCGAGUCGGAGUCGAGAUCGCCGGGGCCCACCAAGCUCGAAUCCAGUCACUGCCAAUAUGACUUUCAACGAGAGCGAAGAGAGAAUUGUCGACAAUGUGCAGUUGGAGGGCUUGAAGGCGUACGCUGGUCCUGGAGGUGAAACUACGUCGUCGCCUGGAAUUGUGGUCUCCAGCCAGAUUGAGGUUACGCACGAAGCGAGACGGAGCGCUAACAGUGUUCAGCCGGAGCAAAACGUUCAUGAACCUUGGUAA